UCCCCUGUAUACUGUAUUUGUACAUUUGUUGGCUUUGCGUCAAAAUUAUUGUGGCAUCAGGUAGUUACAAAUCAGGCACCAUGUUGUUGGCCGAAGCUUUGGACUAUCUAAUCCUGAGCAAUCCAGUCAGUGAGAUGAUCCUGUCAACGGCCAUGGCUUUUCUGGACAGCAUUGGAUGGCAUAUGCGCAAGAUGCCGCUGGAGGAUUCGUACCUGGUGUUGCACCCAUCGUCGCAUCAUUAUGUGCGAUCGCAUAGCUCGCUGUAUUGCCUGGCCGGUUGCCAUUACCAUUUCGUGAGGCUGGCCGGGAUUGGCGGAGCAUCGGCCAUCUUUAUGGGCGCCUACUGCAAGUAUGUGCUGAGGGACUUGGACGAUGUGCGGGAUCAGCUGGACUCGCAGGCGUAUGCGGAUGUGGCCAAUCGCAUCCACUUUCUGCACUCCUUUGCCAUGAUGGCCAUGCCCCUGGCCCACUAUCCCCUGCUCACGGGCACUCUGAUGAUCACGGGCACCCUCUGCUUCAGCGGUUCCAUGUACUACCGCGCCCUCACCGGUGAGCAAUGGAUGCAGCCGUAUGCCACCAUGGGAGGAUUCUGCCUGAUGGCCGCCUGGCUUUCCCUCAUCCUGUAGCCACUUACUUUUUGAAGAAGCGCCAGCUCUUGUGUGUAAUGAUACCUUGUUGUCAUGCCAAAAUGAACUUCUCGUCUGGGAGCAAUAGUGUGUAGUAAAUAUAGUCUUAAAAGUGUACUCCAGACAAUGGAAGACGAUUUUAAGAUGGAUAUUUCUAUGAGCUGCUGGUCAAAUGUUUAAAUGGACUACACGAAUUAACCGUACCUCCUCCCUUAAAACUGGUUGUAAA